CCCAUUCUUGACUUUUUUAAUGAGCAAUUGUUUCUGAAACUGGUCUCUAUUUUGUAAACCUUUUUUCCCAGGGAAAAUCGAGCUGGAAAUGGACAACUUUAUGUUUACUGGAGAAACAUUGUAGUAGUUUACAAUCACAAAAUCUGUAACUAUACACACACACACACACACACACAUAUAUGUAGAGAGAGAGAGACAGAGAGGGCAAUGAGGCAAUGUUAAGUAGCAUACCAUGUCUAACUCUCCUUUUUGUGACUUCCAUUACUAUUUUUAUUGUGGUUUUGAUUUCUCUUCCAUCUUCACCGUGGUCAUGGACUUCCUCAAGCAUUGGCACCAUUUCUUCACCUUCUCUUUCACCGUCUGUAUUGGGUCUCAAUCGUUCUUUGAUCCCACCCUCUCAAACCACUUUCUUUCCCUCAUCCAAAGACCAAAAAAAGCAAUGGUCAGGCAUGAAUCUGAAAAAGGGUUUUGGUGACAAGAUAAAAAGAGCGAAGAAGAGAGAUGCGAAACUAGAGGGGCUUGAAGCAAGUCUUGCUACAGCUAGAGCUUUGAUCAGAGAUGCCCUGAUUAAUCAGAGCCGUUCAUCGCCUCUUGAAGAUUCUGAUUAUGUUCCCCAAGGGGACAUCUACAGGAAUGCUUAUGCUUUCCAUCGGAGUUACCUGCUAAUGGAAAGCCUCUUCAAGAUCUUCGUCUACGAAGAAGGCGAACCACCUAUAUUCCACAAUGGUUUUUGCAAGGACAUAUACUCCUUGGAAGGAUUCUUUAUUAACUUAAUGGAAAUGAAUACCCACUUUCGAACCCGUGAUCCUGAUGAAGCUCAUGUUUACUUCCUUCCCUUCAGUCUUGUGAUGAUGAUGGAAACCCUUUUCGAUACAAUUAUCCGCGACAAAGGUUUCAUAAAACGUGCAGUCCGUGGUUAUGUCCAUACCAUCUCUACUAAGUACCCAUAUUGGAACAAAAGCCUUGGAGCUGAUCAUUUCAUGCUUGCUUGCCAUGACUGGGGGCCUAUUGUAAGUAGGUUUGUUCCUCAAUUAUCUUCCACUGCCAUUCGGGUACUAUGCAAUGCCAAUACUUCUGAGGGCUUCAACCCCAAGAAAGAUGCUUCUUGUCCAAAUAUUAAUCUGCCAACAGGCAAGCUCGAGGGACUCACUGGAGGCUUGCCCCCCUCUAAUCGCAUGGUCCUAGCAUUCUUUGCAGGGGGUCCACAUGGCAAUAUUAGGCUUGCACUUUUUCAGCAUUGGAAGGAAAAAGACGAAGAUGUUCGAGUUUAUGAAAAGCUUCCUCAAGGUAUUUCUUACAAUGACAUGAUGAAGAAGAGCAAGUACUGCAUUUGUCCAAGUGGGUGGGAAGUUGCUAGCCCAAGAGUCGUAGAGGCAAUCUACGCGGAGUGUGUGCCGGUGUUGAUUUCACAGCACUAUGUCCCCCCUUUUAGUGAUGUUCUGAAUUGGGAUGUUUUCUCAAUUCAGGUUUCAGUUAGUGAUAUACCAAACCUGAAAAGGAUUUUGAUGGGAAUACCUCAGGAUCAGUAUUUAAGAAUGCAGGAGCGAUUGAAGUAUGUCCAACGACAUCUUCUGGUGAACGAUCCUCCCAAGAGAUACGAUGUCUUUCACAUGUUAAUUCACUCAAUUUGGCUCCGAAGGAUGAAUGUACAUUUUUAUAGUCGAUAAAAUCAUGACAUGAUGCUUUCUUUUCUUUUUUUUUUAGCAUUGAGAAUAUAUUUAGGAGCUCGAGAAUUAUAGAAUCAACCAACUGCAAUAUUAUUUACAUUGUAUACUUGCUCAACAGGAGUCCCCAUGAACUUUUGAAUCAUGAUUUGUGUUUGAGGGCCACCCUUUGUCCCACAUAACUGUAUACUACAGUUUUGUUAGAAUCGUUUUGCUCUUUGCGUGUUUAAGGUUCAACCAUGUAAAUCUUACACUUUGAAUCUACAUUUUACAUCUCAGUCAAAAUUUAUCAAUUGUGAGCUCAUCAGUCAUCAGAGUUAUCUAUGCAGAGUGCAAUUCUAUGCUGAUUACUUGUUGCCCCGUUUUGUUGUUGUUCUGAAUUGGAAGGAAUAUUCAGCUAUUUGUGUGACGAUGGACAUCCUCGGGCGCUUAUCUGCUGUCUCCUCUGCUGUCAUUGGUAUCAUCUUCAACUCAGUGAGUUUCUAAUUGUGUCACUAAAAUUUCCUGAAUUGCCGGUUUCAUGCUCCUGUUCUAGCUCAUCAUUUGCUGUCUCGGUCUGGAUGUGCAGCAUUUUUUACCAUCCCUUCCUGCAGCUGUAUUAUGCAGUCAUUCCUGCAGCUGUG